AUGCCACGCCAGGAACGUCACCACAAAGAGCGCGUUGUCUACGACGACGACCCAUACUAUGACGACUAUGAGCGCCCAAGGGCCUCGCGCCGCGUUUCUCGUAGUGCACAUGAGUACGAGGCCAGCGGUGGUCACCGGCGCAGCACUCGCCGCCACGAUUCCUAUAGCCCCGUCGGCCCUGCCCGCGCCCGUUCGGAGAGCUAUGGUCGGCCUCCUGCCCGAAGGCACGAUACAUACGCUGAGUACUCCGACAGUGGAGAUGAUAGGCCUCGUCGACGAGGCCAUGGGCAGAGCAGCAGCAGUCGUCGGAAGGAUAGCAAGACUUCUCGGUCAUCGAGAGGACCAGAACGCAACGAUUCUGACAAGGCUGCAAUCAUACAGGCUGCCGCUACCGCCGCCGUCGUGGCGGGCGCAAGUGAGGCAUGGAGGAUGAGGAAGGAAAAGACGUCCUGGUCUCAGAAGGGAACGAGGAUGGCAACGGCUGCGGCUGGUGCUGCUGCCAUCGCGGCUUUCAAUAACAAUAGCAAUGGGCAGCACGGCUCGAAAGACGGUGGCGGAAGCAAAAAGGAUACUAUUCAGGCUACGCUGGGUGGCUUGUUGGUGAACCGACUGGCAAAUGGGGAUGACGCUGCUCUGAAGAUCAAACUCAGGGUCACCGGAUACGGGGCCGUCGAGAGUCUAUCAGUUGAACGAUAA